UAAUUAGAACUGUCAACGUAGAGACGACACCACCACCGGUGAAAGGAAAAACCCUAAUCCCCCAAAUCAAAACCAAUGUUCAUACUCAGAUUCAAAUCCUCACUGAUCUCACGCAAUCUCACCACAACGGCGGCGAAACGCAGAAGAGUCCCGUCGAUAUACAAAUCCCUAGCCAUCGGAGAAGCCGAGAAAGCCGUCACCGACUACCUCCACACAACUCGGUCUCUCUCCUACUCCCACGCCGAGCACAUCGCCACGAACGCCUCCUCCUCGAUCCGCAGCCUCAUCCUGAAGCUCGACUUCUCCGUCGCCACCUUCUCCAAGUCCAUCCGGAGGCACCUCAGGUACCACCCCAUCAACGAGUUCGAGUUCUUCUUCGAGAGCAUCGGCAUUGAUCUCCGCGAGGUCGGCGAGUAUCUGCCCGAGAAGAAGUUCUUCUUCUCCGAGGAUCCGCGCGUUUUGGAGGCGGCUUGUGCGUUGUCUGGGUUUGGGUUUCCUUGGAAUAGGCUUGGGAGGUUGUAUAGAGAGGAAAGGUCUGUUUUUUUGCGGAGUGGGGAUGAGAUUGGUUCGAUGCUGGUUAGGUUGAGUGGUGUUGGGUUUAGUACGGUGGCUGUGGCUGGGAUUUGUUUAGCGUUUCCGAGUGUUCUGUGUGGUGGUGGUGCGGAGGUUGGUUGUUUGUUUGUGAAGCUGAAGAGACUGUUUGAAGAGUUUGGUGCGGAGGAGGAUGUUGUUGUUGAUGAGAAUGUGGAGUCUUGGUACGUGUUUGGUAGGAAAGUUAGGGUGUUUUACGAUUUGGGGUUUGAGAGUGAGGAGAUGUGGGAGUUGAUGGGUAGAAACAGAUUACUUUUUGUGGAAUUCUCGGAAGAAGAUCUGAUGAGAAAGACUGAGUUUUUUUGUAGAUUUGGUGUCGGGAAAGAGGAGGCUGCUCUUUUGAUUCUACGGAAUCCGGAGGUUAUGAGUUUUGAUGUUGAGGAGGCUGUGAUCUCAGUUAAGGGAAUGCUUAAGCAUUUUGGGUUGAGUCAGGAUGAAGUGGAUGCUCUUUCUCUGAAACACCCUUACGUUUUUGGUAGAAACAGAAUGAAGAAUCUUCCUCAUGUGGUUAGAGCGUUAGGUUUACAUGAAAGGAUCUUCGAUAGGUUGAAAAUUGGGACUUAUCGUUUACUCAGUAGCUAUUCGUUGUUGGAUCCCGAAGAAGAUAUAGACAGAGAAUAUCAGCAAGGCCUUGAGGAGAUUCAACACUUAAGGUGCAAAACACACAGUUUUCAAAAACUUGAUUUCCUUCAUCAAAUAGGUUUUGGCGAAAACGGUUUGACCAUGAAGAUACUACAACACGUCCAUGGCACCGCAGUGGAAAUACAGGAAAGAUUCCAAAUCCUACUAGACAACGGCAUCGAUUUCUCGAAGGCGUGCAUGUUGAUAAGAUCAUCACCGAAGAGCUUGAACCAGAAACCGCAUAGCAUACAAGAGAAGAUAAGGUUCCUUUGUGACGAAAUGGGAGAUUCUUUGGAGUAUCUCGAGGUUUAUCCAGCGUAUCUCUGUUUCGACCUGGAGAACAGAAUCAGUCCAAGGUUCAGGUUCCAUAAAUGGCUCGUGGAGAGAGGGUUAAGCGAGAAAAACUAUUCGAUCGCAAGCAUUGUAGCAACCAGCGAAAAGGCUUUCGUAGCUCGUUUAUAUGGGAUUCAUCCAGCAAUUCCUAAACACUAUUUCGAACGUUUCUCUUACAGAAAAGACAGAUCAACUGUUUCCUAACUUGACAGAAAGUGAAAGAUUGUACAAUGUUGUGGUUACCUUCGUACAUUUUCUUUUCAGAGAACUUAUCACAACUUGCUUCGGUUUG